CAAAACAAAAUUCUUUCUAGGUGGCAGUCCAGGCCCGCUCAUGGACCCGGCGCUGGCUGCAAGGUUUGCUCGCCAGAAGGAAAAGCUCGAGCGAGGCGACGAGGAUGUGGCAGAAAUCGGCUCCCAAGCCAACCACAAGACGCAGCUUGACCCCGUCCUAGCACAGCGAUGGGAGAAGUUGCAAGCUGGAAAAGGUGUCGUGAACGACGAAAUCGGUUCAAUAGCAGACAAGAGUGUCAAGUUGGAUCCUGUUCUGGCCAAGCGAUGGUCAAAGCAGCAGGAGCGAAUGGAUGAUAAUUACGUCUGUGACAUUCCGGAUGUGAUCUCCGUCGCCGACAAAUCCACGAAACUUGAUCCUGUCCUGGCCAAGCGCUGGGCUUCAGGAAAUGAACGCCUUGCAGCAGGUCAGGAAGUUCCUGAAGUAGGGUCCAGAGCGGACUUCUCGAGGAAAGAUACUGAACUGGCCAAGACCUUUGCCAAAAUGCAGAGGCAAGCCAAGCGAGGCAAUGGUGAGGCAGAAAGGUGUCAGCUGCAAUUCUCUGCUGGCCAGAAGCUUGAACAUGUGGCAGAAUGGGGGCCAGAUGGGCAUGCUGGUCGUUUGCACUGGAGCGCAGUGGUCCUCUCUGACCUUACCGUUGACUUGGAAGUUCGAGCAGUUGUGCGCAUCCCUCCCGACACGGAGGAUAGUGAACCCACAACUGAAGAAAUCGUGCUGCACAGGAAUGCUCGCGGUGGCACUUUCGUGGGAAGUCUGGAUGCAGCAUCUGACAGGAGGCUUCUGAGAUGUACAGGUGAGAGAAAAGUUCGGAAAGAAGCUUGAACCUCGGCCCUUCGUUCACCACCCAUCGGCAUGCGGAGGCCCCCUCUCCUACUCUACCUCGCAACAUCGAACGAACAAUCGCUCAGGUCGUGUCCCUGGCAUUUAAGUUCAGCAAUUCUUUUAGCUGGUUCACGGGGAAGGAAGUUGAAUUGGCCCGAACCCAAUGAUUUGCUCUUAGGUUGGAGGCCAGUGCUAUUAGGUAGGAGGCAAUCGCUACUAGGGUGGAGGCCAUUGCUCUUAGGUUGGAGGCCAUUGCUUCUAGGUUGGAGACAGGAGUUCCACCAUCAUGAUUCUACGUGAGACAUCGUUUUACAAAUUUCAGCAUGGAAGCACCAAGGUUCUCUUGAAGGAAUGACCCGAGUGAACCAACAUCUCAACAUCUCAGCUUCAUGUGCACCAAUUUCGCGCAACCAAAA